AUGGCGCAUGAUAUUUCAUCAGAGUUGAGGUCACGGUCCGAUCGCCAGCGAAGAGCUUUAAACCUUGGGCUAGGCGGCAAGCUCAUCUCCUUGUCCCUUAGCAAGGCUUUCAAUUACGCGACUGUCGGAGCUGACAAAAAGCCCUCAUCCUAUGGCACCGGCACCGUGAACAUCAGGGUCCGACACCCCGUGCCGAGCGACACCAUGUCGGCGUACUUUGAUAUUCUGUUCCCAGCUGCCCAGUUCCAGAAGGCCAACCAGGUUGCCAGUGAAGGACAUGUCGUCAACCUCGAUAUUUGUAAUCUCGGAGAGCUUCUUUGA